UGAUGUCAUUUGAUCUGGUUUUGCCUUCGAUCCUUUGUUAUUGCUAUUUUUCUUCACACUUCAUCAUUCUCCGAGAAUACCACCCACUUCUCUCAUCCUCCUAUUUAAUUUAAGACCCAAACUUCUGCCUGUCCUAAAAUAAGAAAGAGAAGCCACGAUCUGAGAAUUAUCAUUCUCAGAUUUUCUGGGUUUUCUGAUAUUUUGCCUGAGAAACUUGUCUGGGCGUAUAUGCCAACAUCAUCAGCCAGACAAGAGCUCUUGUAAAUUCAAAAUUUUCCUGGUACUGAAUAACAAAAGGAAAUGAGGCCGAGCAGGUUGGAGGAGCUCAAAUCUUCGAACUUGGUUGCAUUGCCGGAAAAAACCAACGGUUCAUUGGCUCGCUUCAUGCGCGCGGGCCUCAUUCUCUGCCUGAUCGCGUCAAUCUCACUCGCUCUCUGCUCCGCCUUCUCUCCCAAAUCUCACUGGUUUCCCAUCCUCGCCCUAAACCGAACCCGCACCACCAUCUUCGCCGCCGACAGCGGCGAGCCACCCACCAACCUCUCCCACAUCCUCUUCGGCCUAGGCAGCUCCGUCGCAAUGUGGCGCGACAGGAGCACCCUGGCCGAAACAUGGUGGGACCCGGACACGACACGAGGUUACGUUUGGCUCGACGCGAACCCUGAAUUAGUGAGUGACGUGUCAGGUCAUAUCCCUCACCGGGUGUCGGGAAACUGGACCCGGUUCAAGUACAGCCAUUCGCAGUCGGAGGUCCGGAUCGGUCGGAUUGUGGUGGACAGCUUUAACCUCCGGCUUCCGAACGUGAGGUGGUUCGUUAUGGGUGACGACGACACAGUGUUCUUCCCGGAAAACUUGGCCACCGUACUAGCACGUUAUGAUCACAACAAGAUGUACUAUAUUGGUGGCAACUCAGAGAGCGUUGAGCAGGACGUGAUGCAUGCCUACGACAUGGCGUUCGGCGGCGGCGGAUUCGCUAUCAGCUACCCCCUGGCGGCGAGGCUGGCGGAGCUGAUGGACGGCUGUUUGGAUAGGUACUACAACAUGUACGGCUCCGAUCAGAGGGUGUGGGCCUGCGUGAGCGAGACGGGUGUGCCACUGACGAAGCUAAGCGGGUUCCACCAGUUUGACAUCCGAGGUGAUCCUUAUGGUGUUUUAGCGGCACACCCAUUGGCACCACUAUUGUCCCUUCACCACAUCGACGCCUUGGAACCCAUUUUCCCUAACAAGAAGCGUCUAGACGCCGUCAAGUCCCUCGUCCAUGCAUACCGGGUCGACCCGCCUCGAAUCCUACAGCAAAGCAUCUGCUACGAUAGAAGCCGUAAUUGGACAGUGUCCAUUUCAUGGGGCUACACGCUUCAGCUCUUUCCCGCAAUGGUGUCGGCUCUUGAACUGAAAACGCCGUGGCAGACGUUCAAGACGUGGCGGAGCCAGACCGAUGGACCCUUCACGUUCAAUACCCGACGCAUGAGCUCCAACCCUUGUGAGAAGCCGAUCACUUAUUUCUUGGAGUAUGUUAAGGAUGACAGGAGAGGGAAUACUCUCACUACUUACAAGAGGUUUGUAGGUCAUGAAGAGAAAUGUAAUAGCACAGACUAUGCCAGUGCAAUGGCAACGCAGAGGAUCGUAGUUCUCUCGAAAAAGAUGGACCCUCAGUACUGGACAAAGGAACAAGCUCCGCGAAGACAAUGCAGCGAGAUUAAGAAUCGUGCAGGCUUACGGGGUGGAACGAUGCUGAUUAGAAUGAAGAGAUGUCGACUCUCGGAAUCUAUAACAAUUUAGAGGGUUGAUCAGAAUGGAGAGCUGGGUGAUUACAAUAACCCAAGGCUAGAGAGGUUUGUUUUUGGGAGAUUAGCACGUACGUACAUAUAUAUGCUUAUAGAUAUUAGCUAGCACCCAUAUGCUAUGGUUGCAAUUUUCUCUUCAAGUACUAUCACUA